UGUACUGGGUCAAACUAAGCUGUGUGGUCAUUGCGAGGCCACAUUAAAUCAUGACUGUUUCCUCUUGACAUAGUAGUAGGCUGUGAGGCUGCUCCUCCUGGGGAAAAAUGGAGGCAUUCUGAUAGUGUUGAUAUAGCAGCGGAGUUCAGAUGUGUGUUUUCCUGUCUCCAGAGAGGUAGUAGAGGUAACUGUGGUCAGAGGUUGGAUAUGGUGAAGCCUGUGGGAUGGAGGACAAAGGACCUGAGUUGCGCCGAGGCACUGUUCUUAUCUGUAAACCAGUGUUUCUCUGCUAUGGAUCAGUGUGAGGACAGAGAGGAGGGAGUCCCUCCCUCUAAAAGCUCUCUGUGUGGGGAACAUGACAGCCAGACCAAAGCUCAGAGGAUGCAGCAGCAGAGAGCAGACUCUCCUGAACCCAGCUGUGUGUCCAUGAAGAGUGACGCGUCUAUGUGUCAUCCUAUUAUGUUUAAAGAUGGACAACCUGCUGAUGAAAGAGUUCAGCAGCAGAGCUCAGAGGUUCCCAGUGAUCAGUCUGCACAGCAGCAUCAAACACACCUGGACUCCAUAUUUAUGCUGCUGGAGGAGAACAUCGUCACUUUUGUGAAGAACGAGCUGAAGAGAGUCCAGAGAGGUCUGAGUCCAGAUGACCCAGAAUGCUUAGAGAGUCAGAGUGAGGAUGAGGAGGUGUUGGAUGGUGAGGAGGAAGAGCAGAGGAGAAGCUGCAGAGAGGCAUCUCUGAAGAUCACUGUGCACUUCCUGAGGAGAAUGAAGCAGGAGGAGCUGGCUGAGCGUCUGCAGAGCAGAACUUGUGCUACAGAGUGUCAACGUAAACUCAAGUCUAACCUGGAGAAGAAGUUCCAGUGUCUGUUUGAGGGGAUCAUGAAAGCGGGAAACCCAACCCUUCUGAAUCAGAUCUACACACCGCUCUACAUCAUAGAGGGAGGGACUACAGAGGUCAGUGAUGAACAUGAAGUGAGACAGAUUGAAUCAGCAUCCAGGAAACCAGACAGACCAGAAACAACAAUCAGACAAGAAGACAUCUUUAAAGCCUCACCUGGAAGAGAUGAACCAAUCAGAACAGUGAUGACAAAGGGAGUGGCUGGCAUUGGGAAAACAGUCUUAACACAGAAGUUCACUCUGGACUGGGCUGAAGACAAAGCCAACCAGGACAUACACUUCACAUUUCCAUUCACAUUCAGAGAGCUGAAUGUGGUGAAAGAGAAGAAGUACAGCUUGGUGGAACUUGUUCAUCACUUCUUUACUGAAACCAAAGAAGCAGGAAUCUGCAGGUUUGAAGAGUUCCAGGUUGUGUUCAUCUUUGACGGUCUGGAUGAGUGUCGACUUCCUCUGGACUUCCACAAUAAUGAGAUCCUGACUGAUGUUACAGAGUCCACCUCAGUGGAUGUGCUGCUGACAAACCUCAUCAGGGGGAAACUGCUUCCCUCUGCUCGCCUCUGGAUAACCACACGACCUGCAGCAGCCAAUCAGAUCCCUCCUGAGUGUGUCGGCAUGGUGACAGAGGUCAGAGGGUUCACUGACCCACAGAAGGAGGAGUACUUCAGGAAGAGAUUCAGAGAUGAGGAGCAGACCAGCACCAUCAUCUCCCACAUCAAGACAUCACGAAGCCUCCACAUCAUGUGCCACAUCCCAGUCUUCUGCUGGAUCACUGCUACAGUUCUGGAGAAUGUGUUGAAAAGCAGAGAGAGAGGAGAGCUGCCCAAGACCCUGACUGAGAUGUACAUCCACUUCCUGGUGGUUCAGUCCAAACUGAAGAACAUCAAGUAUUAUGGAGGAGCUGAGACAGAUCCACACUGGAGUCCAGAGAGCAGGAAGAUGAUUGAGUCUCUGGGAAAACUGGCUUUUGAGCAGCUGCAGAAAGGCAACCUGAUCUUCUAUGAAUCAGACCUGACAGAGUGUGGCAUCGAUAUCAGAGCAGCCUCAGUGUACUCAGGAGUGGUCACACAGGUCUUUAAAGAGGAGAGAGGGCUGUACCAGGACAAGGUGUUCUGCUUUGUCCAUCUGAGCCUUCAGGAGUUUCUGGCUGCUCUUCAUGUCCAUCUGACAUUCAUCAUGUCUGGAGUCAAUCUGCUGGAAGAAGAACAAACAACAUCCAGGUGGUCUAAAGUCUUUAAAGACAAAUCAACACGUUUCUACCAGAGUGCUGUGGACGAGGCCUUAAAGAGUCCAAAUGGACACCUGGACUUGUUCCUCCGCUUCCUCCUGGGUCUUUCACUGCAGACCAAUCAGACUCUCCUACGAGGUCUGCUAACACAGACAAGAAAUAGCUCACAGACCAAUCAGAAAACAGUUAAGUACAUCAAGAAGAAGAUCAGUGAGAAUCUGUCUGCAGAGAGAAUCAUCAAUCUGUUCCACUGUCUGAAUGAACUGAAUGAUCAUUCUCUAGUGGAGAAGAUCCAAUGGUACCUUAGAUCAGGAAGUCUCUCCACAGAUAAACUGUCUCCUGCUCAGUGGUCAGCUCUGGUCUUCAUCUUACUGUCAUCAGAAAAAGAUCUGGACGUGUUUGACCUGAAGAAAUACUCUGCUUCAGAGGAGGCUCUUCUGAGGCUGCUGCCAGUGGUCAAAGCCUCCAGCAAAGCUCUACUGAGUGGCUGUAACCUCUCAGAGAGAAGCUGUGCAGCUCUGUCCUCAGUUCUCAGCUCCCAGUCCUCCAGUCUGAGAGAUCUGGACCUGAGUAACAACGACCUGCAGGAUUCAGGAGUGAAGCAGCUGUCUGUUGGACUGGAGCGUCCCCACUGUGGACUGGAAACUCUCAGUCUGUCAGGAUGUCUGAUCACAGAGGAAGGCUGUGCUUCUCUAGCCUCAGCUCUGAGCUCCAACCCCUCCCAUCUGAGAAAGCUGGACCUGAGCUACAAUCAUCCAGGAGACUCAGGAGAGAUGAUCCUGUCCGCUGGACUGGAGGAUCCACACUGGAGACUGGACACUCUCAGGAUGGACCAUGGUGGACUGCAGAGACUGAAACCUGGUGUGAGGAAGUAUGCCUGUGAACUGGAACUGGAUCCAAACACAAUGAACAGACUCCUCAAACUGUCUGACAACAACAGGAAGGUGACACAUGUGAAGAAGGAUCAGUCAUAUCCUGAUCAUCCAGACAAAUUUGACUCCUGUCCUCAGCUGCUGUGUAGAAAUGUUCUGACUGGUCGCUGUUACUGGGAAGUUGAGUGGAGAGGAAGAGUUUAUAUAUCAGUGACAUACAGAGGAUUUGGAAGGAAAGGAGACAGUGAUGACUGUUGGUUUGGAGGGAAUGAUCAGUCCUGGAGUCUGGACUGCUCUGAUGAUGGCCGUUACUCUGUCUGUCACAAUAAGAGAAAAACAUACUCCUCCUCCUCCUCCUCUGUCCCUGACAGAGUAGCAGUGUAUGUGGACUGUCCUGCUGGCACUCUGUCCUUCUACAGAGUCUCCUCUGACACACUGAUCCACCUCCACACCUUCAAAACCACAUUCACUGAACCUCUGUAUGCUGGGUUUGCAGUCUGGUCUGGUUCAGUGUCUCUGUGUCCUCUGUAGGAGGGAGAGUCUCUCUUCUCUCUGUGUCCUCUGUAGGAGGGAGAGUCUCUCUGUGUCUCUGUAGGAGGGAGAGUCUCUCUGUGUCCUCUGUAGGAGGGAGAAGUCUCUCUGUGGACAGAAACUCUGCUGACUGAAGAUCAGCUGCUGAAAUCAAACAUCACACACACUCUGCACUGUGAAGCAGAUCUGUCUCAGACUCAAACACUCAGUUAUUUUUCCUUCUACAUGAUUCAUUGAUUAGUCUCAGUUGACUCUGCUGUUGUUACUGUCAGGAUCCAAUGAGCAGCGUGCAGCUCUAUUCAGGUUGUAAUCAAAUAACAUCUGUCCAGAUGUGAAAGAGUGUUUUUGUGUUACUCACCUUUAUUUUAUCUCACAAUUAUCAAUAAAAACAGCUCCACCAAAUAGUGAUUUUUUUCCCUCUAAACUUCUCAAAUGGUUUCAUUUAAAUAAAUGUGUAAAUAAAUACUCAGUUGUGUCCUCAGUUUAUCAGGCUGAUGUCAGAAGGAUUACAGCUCAGAUAAAUCUGAGUGUCGUCUGCGUAAAAAUGGACCCCGAUACUGUGUCUGUGUGUGAGGUGAUGCAGGGAGUAUUUGUAUGCUGGUGUUUGCUACUUUUACUCAGAAACAAAGAUAUGAGAAAAAACAUCAUGAAUCAUUCAACAUGACCUACACACUACAUGUUUUAAUCUUACUUUCAUGUUAACUGUCCAUAACAAGUGCAGUAAUCUGUAACAUCUACUCCCUGAGUUUGGUUAUGCUUUCCUCUUUGUGCAUUCUUGGAUACGUCUUCUUGUAUUUUGUAAUUACCUGCACCUCCCUGAUUAGUGUCACCUGUGUCUAAUUAUCCCACCUUCCCAUGUGUGUUUAGUGUGUGUGCUCCCCUUUGUCUCUGCCACUUCGUCUCUUCAGUUUUCUGCGAGCGACCCAGCGUUUUUCCAGUGGAAGCUUCUCGAGUACAUGACCCAUUUUAGUUUUUUGACCCUGCCUUCUGUCUUUUGUGAUUUGGAUACCUCUGCCCUUGUGUUUUCCGUAUACAAAACCUGAUUUAGCAUUAAAACUUGUUGGAUUGGAA